UAUUAUCUAGCUAGGCUAAGCGUAUGAUUGUUUCUCAGAACAAAAAAUGUACAAAUCACAAUACAUAAGCGGCCAGAGAGAAAAAUUCGUUAGGUUAGAUGAUAUAGAUUCAACUUCUUCUCCUGCGACUGGAAUGAUGAUGAAGACGAAUUGUUUAGGAUUUAACCUAAAGAAUCGAGGAGGAGAAAAGAAGAAAGUAUCCAAAUCUUUCAGGGAAGGAGUCAAAAAAAUCGGAUCGGAAGGUCUAAUAACCAUCGGUAAAUCCGUAACGAGAGCGGUUUUUCCAGAAGAUUUGAGGAUAACAGAGAAGAAAAUAUUCGACCCACAAGACAAGACACUUCUCAUAUGGAACAGAUUGUUCGUCAUUUCUUGUAUUCUAGCUGUCUCGGUUGACCCAUUGUUCUUCUAUCUUCCCGUUGUCGAUAAUUCCGGAAGCAGCUGUAUAGGGAUUGACACGAAACUAGCUGUUGCAACCACGACUCUUAGAACCAUCGUUGACGUUUUCUACUUGACUCGAAUGGCUCUUCAGUUUCGUACAGCUUAUAUAGCUCCUUCUUCUCGUGUCUUUGGUCGUGGUGAGCUUGUGAUUGAUCCUGCAAAGAUCGCUGAACGCUACUUAACCCGUUAUUUCAUCGUUGAUUUCCUUGCUGUGUUUCCUUUACCUCAGAUUGCGGUGUGGAAGUUUCUUCACGGGUCGAAGGGAUCAGAUGUGUUACCCACGAAAACAGCACUAUUGAACAUUGUGAUCGUGCAAUAUAUUCCGAGAUUCGUUAGGUUUAUACCGUUAACAUCAGAACUGAAGAAAACUGCAGGAGCUUUUGCUGAAGGAGCUUGGGCUGGUGCUGCUUAUUAUCUCCUCUGGUAUAUGCUUGCAAGCCACAUUACUGGAGCGUUUUGGUACAUGUUGUCAGUGGAACGUAACGAUACUUGUUGGAGAUUUGCUUGUAAAGUCCAGCCAGAUCCGCGACUCUGUGUUCAAAUUCUGUAUUGUGGGAGUAAAUUUGUGAGCAGUCGUGAAAAUGAAUGGAUCAAAACUGUCCCUGAGCUUCUCAAAAGCAAUUGUUCUGCUAAACAAGAUGAUUCAAAGUUUAACUAUGGGAUAUACGGUCAAGCUAUAUCUUCAGGCAUUGUAUCAUCAACAUCGUUUUUCUCCAAGUUCUGUUAUUGUCUUUGGUGGGGUCUUCAAAAUCUCAGCACGUUAGGUCAAGGGCUGCAAACUAGUACAUUUCCCGGAGAGGUUUUGUUUUCUAUUGCGAUUGCAAUAGCUGGGCUUCUUCUUUUCGCGCUUCUAAUCGGGAAUAUGCAGACUUAUCUUCAGUCACUUACUGUUCGUCUCGAGGAAAUGAGGAUCAAAAGACGUGACUCCGAACAGUGGAUGCAUCACAGGUCACUUCCACAAAAUCUGAGGGAAAGAGUCAGACGCUAUGAUCAAUACAAAUGGUUAGAGACAAGAGGUGUCGACGAAGAAAACAUAGUCCAGAGUUUACCCAAGGAUCUCAGGAGAGACAUCAAACGCCAUCUCUGUCUGAAUUUAGUUAGAAGGGUUCCUCUGUUUGCUAAUAUGGAUGAAAGAUUACUUGACGCGAUCUGUGAGAGAUUAAAGCCGACUUUAUACACAGAAAGCACAUACAUUGUGCGUGAAGGAGACCCGGUUAACGAAAUGAUGUUCAUAAUCCGAGGUCGGUUAGAGAGUGUAACAACAGAUGGAGGAAGAAGUGGUUUCUUCAAUAGAGGGUUAUUGAAAGAAGGAGACUUUUGUGGUGAAGAGCUGCUGACAUGGGCACUUGACCCUAAAGCAGGCUCCAACUUACCUUCUUCCACAAGAACUGUGAAGGCUCUGACUGAAGUAGAGGCUUUCGCUCUUGAAGCUGAAGAGCUGAAGUUUGUAGCUAGUCAGUUUAGGAGACUCCAUAGUCGACAGGUUCAACAAACGUUUAGGUUUUAUUCGCAGCAAUGGAGAACUUGGGCUUCUUGCUUCAUCCAAGCUGCUUGGCGUCGUUAUUCUAGAAGGAAAAUCGCUGAAUUGAGACGCAUUGAAGAAGAAGGAGAAGAAAUGGGUUAUGAAGAUGACUAUGAUGAAGAAAGCGACAAAAGGCCUAUGGUCAUCACUAGAACUGAGUCUUCUUCUAGGCUACGUUCAACUAUCUUGGCAUCAAGAUUUGCUGCUAAUGCAUUGAAAGGGCACAGACUAAGGAGCUCAGAGAGUUCAACGAACUUGCUGAGUCUACAAAAGCCUCCGGAACCUGAUUUUGGUGCCGAGUAAUCCAAUACUUGUGCAGAGAGGUCAACGUCAGAACAGAGACAAUAUAAUUGAUUUAUACACAUAAAUGCUAUAUAAAUAACUUGUUUCAGAAACUGUAAGAUUAUUUACACGAGA